GCUCCGAGGAAUCCUCAAGACAUUGCUUGACUGCCAAAAACCAGGCGGAGCAUCCCUCCGCGAGACAUUACUAGUCUGAACUGCCCUUCCCCUUGACUCGGCGCAAUUCAAACCGCCCUAGGCUGUCGUCCCAACUGUUCUUGCGUGAUUCGCAGGUGCCUCACUUCACAGCCAAACGGUGAAUGACCGUCCAUUGAUUGCAUCUCCAGCCAGAUAAUUAAAGAGAGUUCAGUGAAACCGACAAAAAUCCAGACACGCACACACACAUACACCUACAAAACACUGCUGCAGCGUGGGGUUGUUUUAUUGGGUCACUUCACUCGCACGCUCGCUCUCUAACUUAUUCGUCAUAAUUGCGUUGACACACCUUGUUACCUGGAAUCUAGUACCAGGCACACUAUACCUUACAUUCUCACCUCACACGCGCCCUGAAGCGCUUGCUUUGGUGCGACCUCAGCGCCCUGGCAGCAAGACACCGACCAACUUGCCGUCUGGAGCGAGCCUUCCAACUCAAGUUGGACAGUCAGCUAGUGAAGAGCAACCACACAGCAGGAACCGCAACAAAAAAAAAAAAAAAAAGAGGGAAAAAAAGACAUCUCUCACAUCCAUUCCCCCCUCGGCCCUCCUCUUUUGCCCUUUAUGAGAUUUGGCUCAUCGCUGCGAAUUCUCCCGGCUCUUCACGAAACAAACCUCUCACGAUGGGCUACGACUACGCGCUGGUGCAUGUCAAGUACACCAUCCCUUUGGCGGCCCUGCUCACCAUCCUCUCAUACCCCGUCUUCACGCGCCUCGAUGUUGUGAGAACCCUCUUCAUCGUCACAAUCGCUUUUGUGGCUACCAUUCCCUGGGACUCCUACCUCAUCAGAACCAACAUCUGGACUUAUCCUCCUGAUGCCGUACUGGGGCCGACUCUUGUCGACAUCCCUAUAGAGGAGCUGUUCUUCUUCGUCAUCCAGACCUACAUCACCGCCCAGCUCUACAUCAUCCUCAACAAGCCCGUCCUCCACGCCCAACACCUCAACUCGCCUGCCACCUUGCCGCCAUGGAUCAAGGGUGGAAAGGUCGUCGGCCAGCUCGCGCUCUUCAGCAGUGUCAUCUUGGGCGCCUGGCUUAUUGCCAAAGAGGGUGAGGGCACCUACUUGGGUCUGAUCCUGGUGUGGGCGUGCUCCUUUGCCCUCUUCACCUGGACCAUCACCGCGCAUUUCAUCUUGGCCCUGCCAUGGGCAUGCACCGCCCUGCCCAUCCUCCUGCCCACCAUCUACCUCUGGGUUGUUGACGAGAUGGCGUUGGGCCGCGGCACCUGGGCCAUUGAGAGCGGUACCAAGCUCGAACUGAGGCUCUUCGGCAGUCUCGAAAUCGAAGAGGCCUCUUUCUUCCUCGUCACCAACAUGCUCAUUGUCUUUGGCCUCGCCGCCUUUGACAAGGCCGUUGCCGUCUGCGACGCUUUCCCCAACAAGUUCGACAAGCCGGCCGACGCAUUGUCCAUGUCGCUGCUGCGCGCUCGCGUGUUUCCCUCCUCGAAGUACGACAUGCAGCGUAUCUUGGGCAUCCGCCAAGCCGUGGCCAGGUUGGCCAAGAAGAGCCGCAGCUUCCACCUUGCCAGCUCCGUUUUUCCCGGUCGCCUACGCAUUGAUCUGACUCUGCUCUACUCCUACUGCCGUCUGGCCGAUGACCUCGUCGACGACGCCGAAAGCUCCGAAGAGGCCGCCGCCUGGAUUUCCAAGCUCGACCGCCACCUCAGCCUCCUUUACAAAGACCCCGACGCCGUCUCGGCGCCCCUCGCCGCCAAAUACGCCGCCGAGAACUUCCCGGCGUCCGCUCUGUCGGCCCUCGACAUGCUACCGGCCUCCCUGCUCCCGCGCGAGCCCCUCGCCGAGCUCCUCAAGGGUUUCGAGAUGGAUCUCUCCUUCGACAGCUCCACCUUCCCCAUCACCGACCCGGAGGACCUCGAGCUCUAUGCAGCCCGCGUCGCCAGCACCGUCGGCCAGGCCUGCCUCGAGCUCGUUUUCCGCCACUGCCAUCACGGCUUGCCCGACUACAUGCAGGCGUACCUCCGCAACACGGCGCGCCAGAUGGGACUCGCGCUGCAAUUCGUCAACAUUGCGCGCGACGUCGCCGUCGAUGCAAAGAUCGGCCGCGUCUACCUCCCGACAUUGUGGCUUAAGGAGGAGGGCCUGACCUCAGAGGAUGUCCUCAGGAACCCCACCAGCGAGGGCGUCGAAAAGGUGCGUCGCAGGAUCCUCGCCAAGGCGUUCGACCACUACGCCGAGGCCAGGGACUCGAUGAAGUGGAUUCCUUCCGAGGCGCGCGGCCCCAUGGUCGUCGCCGUCGAGAGCUACAUGGAGAUUGGCCGGGUUCUGAUGCGCAACGGCGGCGCCGCGGCGGAUGGUAGCGGCCGGGCCACGGUGCCCAAGUCGAGACGCAUCUGGGUCGCCUGGAGCACGUUGAUGGCUUCUUAGGCAUACAAUGCUCGACUCAGAUCUAGGUCUGGGCAGGAGUCUCAUUCAUGUUUCUUUCUUUUCCUUACCUUACAUACAUACAGUGUUCUUCUCUUUACCUGGAUUUCUAGAGGCAUCACGAUAGACAGCAUGGCGUCCAACGGGGUGGUAGUAGUAGCGAUGGUGGUGGGUGUGGUAUUACAACAGAAGGCGCGCAAUGCUUUCACCAAUUGAAUCUCCCGACCCUUGAUAAC